AUGGCGGCCAGAAAUCCCAAAUAUCCACUUGGCUCUCCUCAAGAGCAUAUUAAAAUAUGUGAAUCCCAUGAUUUACCUAUUGAUAUGAUAUGUGAGGACUGUGAUGAAUUCAUUUGUGGUAAGUGUGCAAAAACAGAUCAUAAAGAUCAUGAAUGGAGCACUAUAACCACGGCAGCUACUCAAAGGAGAAGAGACUUGCUAAGAUUUUUGACAAAGAUCAGAGAAGGGGACCUUUCCGGUAUUGAUGAGAAGAUAGAGAAAGUGUCACAACAGAUCUUAGGAAAUAAAGAACUUUGUGAUUCCGAGACUGAAAAGCUUCACAAGCAUGUUGAUGAGAUAAUAGUCAAGUUAAAUGAAAUCAGGAAAAAUAUUGAACAAAGACUGAGAGAUAAUUUGGAGGAAAAAAAUAAAAAGCUGAACAGUGUGAAAUCUGAGCUAGACAAGAAGAAGAAAAAAAUGGAAGAGAUGGUAGAGUAUAUGGAGGAUAACAAGAGCUCCAUGUCAGACUACGGCUUGAUUGACAACCACAGAGAACUGACAAAAAUUCUGUCUGCUCAAGAUGCUAAUUUUAGCAACUUUAAUUAUUCAAUGAGAUACAGUAAAGGAGAAAUCAGUGAUGAGGUGCUAAAGAAAAUGAUCGGAAAAACUCUGGAUUUAGAUGAUUUUAGUUUGACUGAAACAAACUCAUUUAAAUAUGAAGAUAACAUAAUACAUUCCUUGGAGGCAUUGUGUGAAGACAGUUGUUACAUAGGAGAUGUAAAAUCACCUUACAUUGAAAAAGUAAACAAAGACGGGGAGAAAAAACAUAAAUAUAAUAUUGAUCCUAAUGACAUGUGUGUGGCUGAUACUGGUGAUGUUUAUUUUACUGUUUCUAUUAGCAAAUCUAUCAGCCAUCUGUCACCGUCAGGAUCUGUCUCUACAGUCACCAGUACAGAUCCACUGGGCCCAGUAGGAAUCUGUCAGUCUGUGGACGGUGGACUACUGGUCACAUUGAGAGACAGAGAAUCAGAUCUUUACAAAUUAGAGUCACACAGCAGACGUCUGGUGAGAUACAUCACAGUGACAGGUGACGUCAUUCAUGAGUAUGAGUACCAGGAGGACGGUCACACCAGACUGUUUACAGGGCCAUACAGAGUCACACAGAACAGUAACAGUGAUAUCUGUGUUGUGAACCGUACUAGUAACAUUAGAGGUGAACUAGUGAUUAUGUCUCCCUCUGGACGUAUGAAGUCUGUCUACCGUGGACAGAACCUGGCAGAGAACUUUACUCCACUUGAUGUAGUGUGUGACUCCCGCUGUAACAUCCUUGUUACUGACUAUAACAACAAACAGAUCCAUCUUCUGAGUCCUGAUGGAGAGUUCCUGAAGUUCUUACUGACAGAGAAUGAAGUGAACCUUCCAGUCAGAUUAUCCCUAUACAAGUCUACACUGUGGGUCGGAUACUAUAAAGGAGUUGUCAAAGUGUUUCAAUACACAGUAUAA